AUGGACGGCACAACCCCAACGCCUCCUAACGAGGCCUCUCCUCGGGGACAAGGGAACCCGAAUCCUGCGGCUCAAGGCUUGACGCCCACGCCGGUGUCGCCUGUAGCGCGGCAGCGGUUGUUGGCCGCUGGGUAUACGAACCCGUACCAAUAUGCUACCUAUAGUCUUGCUCCGUCGGCCCUCUCAAAGGAGCUGAACGUGACUUUCCAGGGUCGCCGCGAGUGCUCAGGUCGGCAAAUGCUGUUCUGGAAGGGCACGUAUCCUCCUGGUUCUCGACGACAUGCUACGCAACAGCUCGUUGCGAACGCACAGCAAGGACACAACAGACCUGACCGGCCAAAAGCUCCGUCGGCUCAGCCACAGGUCCAGCUCCCAGGCCAGAGUCUGCUCCAUCAGCAACCCAAGGAUCAAAUGAAGUUCCAUAUUGGGAUUGCAGAGGAGGAGCGCCAGGAGAGGAAGAGGGUCAAAUAUGAUGAGAAGCGCCAGAACAAGAAGGUUCUCCAGCAGCAGCAGCAGCAGUCUCAGCAGUCUCCGCACCAGCCAGAGGAGCAGCCAAAGCAGCAGAUGCAGCCAGAGCAGCAGCCCGAGUUGCCCCUCGAAGACUACGAGAGCUCCCUGGCUUGGUUCUCAGACAGUUUUCACCAGGGAACCGACGCCAUAAGGCCAGAAGAGAUCGACCGCUUCUUCGACGCAAUGGGAGAAUCCGACUACACGCAGAGAGAGCAAGAGAUACAGGCUUUCAACCAGAUUAUGAUCCCAAGUGGUCUGAAUCCCACCCAACAUGCUCCGGAAUCAUGGGGUUCUCGACCGGAAAUGGCCUUUGAUGACGUUUUUGACCAACAAAUGAUGGAAGACGGCGUUCCAUACGGCCCGUAUACUUCCUUGUUGCGUGGGCAUGGGCAUCCGAUGGGCAGUCGUGACUAG